AUGACUGUUUUCAGCCCGCUCUCCCCGUCCAUCACGCCUCCGUCCCAUAGCGACGACGUGCGUGUCGCCGACAGCGAGCCCUGCCUCGCCCAAGCGGAUAACUCCAAGCUCCAGCAUUCCGUCGAGUUCCACGAACGCGUAGCACGGUUCAACAUCCAAUCGGCCCGCCUCGCCGCCCUCGAGGAACGCAUGGACGCCAUGGACGCCCACCUCGCAUCGCAGCUGGCCCACAGCCAGCAGGUCGCCGACAUCGACAUGGCCCGGCUGCGCAGGCAGCAGGCGUCCAUCAGCGAGCAGCUGCACACCGUCCUCGCACUUGGUACCCGUAACCCCAUGGCGUUGAGCGCCGACGAGCGGGCAUACCUCGGCAGACUCUUCUCGCAGGUCGGACAGCCUGGGCAUGUGGUCUUCAACCCUACUGCCGGCCCGACGGUUCAUCCUCCCCCCAGCUCUGGUGCGGGUCCCUGGUGA